UUGGUCUGAACAUCUACCCAAUCCACCGUCACUCACCACUCUCUCUCUCUUCCCAACAGUCAAUCCCACCUCCUCCAAAAACCCACCUUCACUCUUUCUCCACCAUGCCUGCCCAUUAACAGGUUUCUCUCUCUUCACCAUACCUGCCCAAUAACAGAUCUGUCUCUCUCUCUCUCUCAUCAUGCUUGCUGAAUGGUUGGUAAGAUUCUCUCUCUUUCUGUGCUGAUUCCUGUCAAACAAUAAGCGUCCUUCCCCUUCUCUUCCCUAAGUCAGUAGCUUUCCUCUCUCUUGUAAAAUAAUCUACUCUUUCUCUCUCCUUCAGAUAUCCUCCUGUAAAAUAAGCUCCUCCUCUCUCCUUCAGAUCUUCACAUGCCUACAGAAGAAUAAAGUCUCUCUUUGAUCUUCAUCAUCUUUAGCUCUUGUGCGGUCUUCUUCGAAGAUCCUUCAAGAUCCUCUCUGCAAUUAUUACUACUCCAGUCCAGCUUGCCUCCAUGGGAAGAAGAAAAACAGAAUCCCCUGGUGUUGUAUGUCUUGAUUAUCACUGUAUCUCCUUACCCCAUGUAGUGGUGAUUGUGGGGCUGCUCUUGCUCAACCAGAGUCCAGCAGUCGUGGCGGAGGAUGAUGUGCAGUGCCUUCGGGCCACCAAGUCUGAGCUGUUGGACCCGCAGGGCAACCUUGUCUCGUGGAACUUUGGUAACACCUCGGCGGGCUUCAUCUGUGCCUUUGGGGGAGUGACGUGCUGGCAUGAGAACGAGAACAAGGUACUCGACCUCCGCCUCUCCUCCCUCUCCCUCUCAGGCCCUGUCCCCUCCUCCCUCCGCCUAUGCUCCUCCAUGACCUCCCUGGACAUUUCCAAGAACUCCAUCUCAGGACCCAUCCCUGCAAACCUUUGCGACUGGCUCCCUUUCCUCGUCACCCUCGACCUCUCCCACAACCAGCUCUCUGGCCACAUCCCUCCUGAACUCGUCAACUGCCGCUUUCUCAAUACCCUUCGCCUGGACUCCAACAAACUGUCGGGCCAAAUCCCCUACCAGCUUGCUAGCCUUGACCGCCUCGCCCACCUCUCACUCUCUGGUAAUUCUCUCUCCGGUGCCAUCCCCUCUGGUUUGUCCAAAUUUGAUUCCUCUGCUUUUGCAAACAAUGGGGGCCUAUGUGCCCCCCCUGUGUCAUCUUCUUGCAACUCCAAGACCAAAGCAUCCACUGUCAUCAUCAUUGCUGCUGCCGCUUUUGGUGCGUGUGUGUCGCUGGCAUUCGCGUUCGGGAUGUGGUGGUGGUUUGUGCGCGGGCACAAAGGCAAGGGCAAGGCUGAUGGGGGGGUGCCAGAUGCGUGGGUCGAGAAGCUGCGGGCGCAUAGGCUUGCACAUGUAUCCAUGUUUCAGAAGCCACUGGUCAAGAUCAAGCUCACCGAUCUCCUCACGGCCACCAAUGAUUUUGAUCCUGGUAAUGUCAUAACUUCUGGGAAGACGGGGACUUCGUAUCGGGCGGUUCUCGCUGAUGGAUCUGCCCUUGCGAUCAAGAGGAUCCACUCAUGCCCCCUCUCUGAGAAGCAAUUCCGGUCAGAAAUGAAUCGGCUAGGUCAAUUAAGGCACCCAAAUCUUGUCCCUCUUCUUGGCUAUUGCAUUGCGGCUGAUGAGAAACUACUUGUGUACAAAGACAUGCCUAGUGGCACUCUCUAUUCCUUGCUUCACGAUAAUGCAGGUCGAUGUGAUGGGCAUGAACUUGAUUGGGCUAUGAGGCUUAGGAUUGGGGUGGGAGCGGCAAGGGGCUUGGCUUGGUUGCACCAUGGGAACCCGACCUCAUUUAUCCAUCGCAACAUUAGUUCGAACACGGUGCUCCUUGAUGAAGACUACGAGGCUCGAAUUACGGACUUUGGGCUUGCUAGGAUCAUGAGCCCUGUUGAGACCCACCUGAGCACAUUCAUCAAUGGUGAUUUUGGGGACUUCGGUUAUGUUGCACCAGAGUAUUCAAGCACUCUCGUGGCAUCCCUUAAGGGAGAUGUGUAUGGAUUUGGGGUUGUUCUUCUCGAGUUGGCAACUGGACAAAAGCCUUUGGUGGUCGAAAAUGCAGAGGAAGGGUUUAAGGGGAAUUUGGUGGAAUGGGUCAAUCGACUCUCGUCGAGUGGGCGGAUAAUAGAUGCAGUUGAUGCUUCUCUUAGAGGAAAGGGCAAUGAUGAGGAGAUUCUGCAGUUUAUGAGGGUGGCUUGUGCAUGUGUGCUCUCUAGGCCAAAGGACAGGUCUUCUAUGCAUCAGGUUUACCAGUUGCUUAAGGGUAUCGGUUCGACCCAUGACUUCUCUGAGCAGUAUGAUGAGUUCCCUUUGUUGUAUGGGAGGGAUGAUAAGGAACACGAUGAGUGAGAGGCUCUUAUGGGAGAGAGGAUGGAAAAUUUGAUUUUCUCGAUGAUGAUGAUGUUGAUGGCCUGAUAUGCUUGAGGCGCCUCUCUUACUAGUCCAACGAUCCUGUUUGAAUUAAGUGAAUGGUAUGGUUUGCUUUUGAUAGACGUUUUGACAUUUGAAUUGUACAGUUGGGUGUUUGGCUGUACAAAAGGUAAUCAAGAGCUUGGGAACUGUACCCUUCUCAUUUCUUCUUUUGGAGCUGACCAUGUUACUUGUUUCUGGCAAGGACAGCUUCUCUUCGAACCCUUUUGUAUUCUCUAGAGAUUAUUCUGAGUUUCUGACCUUUGAAAAUACCGCUUUGGAAGGAAAAUGGGCAUCCAAUUGGCUCUUGUACUGGAGCAUGCUUGAGUGACACAUUAGUAGAGGUUUUUUUUGAUUAGUAACAUAUCCUUGCUCUAUUGCAUUUCCAGCAUCUGCAGUUUCCAUUUUUGUGUUUCUCAGUGCUUAAGUUUGGCUACUUGUUCUCUUUCUCUCUUAUAUUUGGUGGUAUGGUUAAGGGAAUUCCUUUAUGUUAAUGAUUGACACUUUAAUUGUUUCUGGGAAGAAUCCUAACAGAGUGAAUAAUACAAUUUAGACUAUGUUUUGUGUGGA